UCGAUUAUCACUGGAUUCUUUGAAGGUCAGCAGCUGUUGUGCAGUGUCGGCCACUCCGACAAGGCCGUUACAAACACGACUAGUAUCUCACGCACCCAGGGGACGCGUGAGAGACACUGGGCUCUAAGGGUUCGUUAAUCAGAGGUAUACCCAUAAGGUGUGCACCACAAGCAUUUGAGCCGCGGUUGUUUACUCGUGUUGCUACAGAAACAGGGCUUUGGCUGUCCCGCAGCUAUUGCCAUUACGUACGAUCUCUUUAGCCAAGCACUGUCCUCACUCAGGUUACUAUAUACUCGUUCAUCAACAGCAGGGACUUUUUAAUACAUAGCAAGUGUAAAACUACUGCAGGAAAUUCCCUUUCUCGUUUUUUGUUUUGGACGAGAACAUUCUGAAAAACGGUAAAAGUGUUUUGAAGCUGAAGAGCAGUUUUAGCUGUGGCAAAGAACUCCUCCUCUAAGUUAUAAGGUAAGCGGCAGAUAACCGACAGCUCGUGAUUCGUGGUGCUGGGUUUGGAAGCAUUACUGAAUGAAGACGGAUGAGAAACCGAUAGUGAUGACGUUUACUGGGGUGUAAGUCACAGUGUGCUACAUGUUCUUCCAAACGCCCAUGCAUCUCAGCUCUCCGAUUUGACCGAGUACAUUAACCUGGCAUGUCUAAUGAGUAGUACUUAUGUCCAUGUCCAGCCACUGAUCAUAACCAGGCACCAAGAUACACCGUGGCCGGGCUGUAUACUGUUGAAACCUGUGAGGUGAGCGAGUUUACACGGUCAGAGUAAACUUACUACAUCCUUACAACCGAUUUUCACCAAGGCUGGAGCGAAGGAAGCGAGCAGUUCGGUUUGCCAGCUACUAGUACAGCCAGGUAGUUGAACAGCGCGCUAAAGAAACGCAGAAAAUAGUGGCGGCUGAUGGGUAUUCCAGAAGGGUGGAGAAGUAUGGGGAAGCCUGGUAUUAUCGUAAACAGCUACUGAAACGACCUUCGGAAUCUGUCGAUAAGAUGUAGGAAGUGGGGUAAGGUCUGACUGCAUCCAAAUCGAACUCCGACCCACUAUGAUUUGACGUUGUUUGCCAAUGUUUUGGCGUUUUUGCAUAAGUACAUCACCUUCGUUGUCUAACAUCCAUGCUUUAAGAGGAGAUUGUUUUACGAAGCUAUCGCACAAAUUACUGUUCUCUUGAAGCCGUCAUGAGAGUGUGAAAACCCUCCCACUCGCCCACCUCUUUUAACGAGGAACUCUGCUGCUUCCAGCAUCACCGGCAAAUUUCUUUACUUUCUUUCUGGCUGUCACUCUCAGUGGGGAUUCCUCUGACAGAUGGAACGCUUGAUUAACAAAAAACUUGUACCAGCGUUACAACAGGUUUGCCAGACUACAUGGAGAACAUGACUUGUGGUGGUUGUAUAUUCAGGGAUCGUGUUCUUUAUUAAAUGUAGAUUUUCAUCAAUCUAAGACGAUCUAGUUAAAAAUGGAACGUAUUCGCCCAAGUUACAAAUGACGCAGUGUGUGGAUGUUUAGGCGGGUAGGACUUAAGAACAUUCGACCUAAUUCAAGGUCAGUUUUCAAAAUACCUCGGUUGUAGCAGACCUCCUUGGAUAAGCGAAUUUAGCCCAAGCAUUGGUCUAAGUACCUUGGAUAACCUGGAAACAAUGAUUCCAUGGAAAACACAUGUAAUACAAGCCACAGGUGAUGCUACCAAUUCCAAAUGACCACUGAUGAUUCCAUGGUUUGGGGCAUUUGGAAAGCGAAGUAAAGCAUAUUACCAAGAAGAGAGUUGACCGAAAGAUUUGGAGUUUUGAAUGUGCAAUGUGUAAUACAUUGUGAUGACUUUUUUGUGGUCAAUCAUGAUGGAGGAGCCAUCGAGCUACCAAAAGGCUUGGUUACUGGCCAUUCUCGUCGGUCUUAUGAGGAUUUCUUCUGUUCACGGAUUUUGUGAAAUAGAUGAGUUUCGAUGUGCCAAUGGCAGCUGCAUUGCCCAGAACAAGGUGCGAGACGGCGUGGUGGACUGCUAUGGAGGGCGAUUUGAUGAAAUUGGUCCCCUGUGUCCAGGAGAUCACAUGCAUUGUGCUAGUGGAGACUGUUUACCUCGGGAGAAGUUUAACAAUGGCGUGAACGACUGUGGGGAUAAUUCAGACGAGGCCCCCGAACCAUGCAAAUACGGCCCGUUCUCCUGCACUAACGGUAACUGUGUAACGCUGAAGUGGGUUUUGGAUGGACAGGACGAUUGCGGAGAUGGGUCUGACGAAGCCAAGAUGAUAGGUACAGACUGUAGCACAGAAAUCGUGUGUUGUCCUUGCAAUGAUUAUGUGGUGAAUUCUUUCUGUGAUCCGACAACUACCACCUGCCAAUGUCUCUCUGGCUACUUCCCAAACCAACUCAAUUCAGAGUGCUUAAAAAGAAAAGUUGGCGAUCUGUGCUCAGCGGAGAGUGACUGUGUGGAUGCGUUUAGCAACAGUAACUGCACUGAUGGGAGAUGUUCCUGCGUGUCCGGAUACAAUCCCUCGUCGGAUAUGUCCACUUGCUACAAACGUAGGAUAGGGGACGCAACAUGUAAUCUGGAUUCCGACUGUUACGACGCCGUAACCAACAGCAACUGUACCCAAGGCACGUGUCUAUGUAACAGUGGCUUCCGAUCCUCUCUGGACAAGACACAGUGUAUAAAAUAUCAGAUAUUUGACCUGGGCUGUCAGCUGGACACUGACUGUGAAGAUGCGGUGACCAAUAGUUACUGUCAGGAGGGACAGUGUAGCUGUGAUUCGGGGUACAAUCCCUCUCUGGACAGAACCAUAUGUUUCAAACGUAAAAUCGGUGACACCAGCUGUUUUGAGGACAGUGAUUGUGAAGAUGCCGUCACCAACAGUAACUGUACCGACCGUACAUGUGUCUGUGAUUCCGGAUUCAAAGUUGUGGAAAACAGGACCAGAUGUAUUCUCCGGAGUAUUAACGACAGUUGCAUCGUGGACACAGACUGCUUGGACUCCGUGGACAACAGUACAUGUAGGGACGACUUUUGUGGAUGUGAGUCGGGUUUUCACCCUGCUGACACACUCGAUGCCUGUACUCUAAGAAAGAUUGGAGAUCCUACGUGCACCGUCGACACCGACUGUUCCGAUGCCGUCGAGAACAGCGAGUGUACGCAAGGGACGUGUGGUUGCUUGUCUGGCUACAUAGUUGAUCGAGGGAACACCACGUGUAGGUUACGCCGGCUUGGUGACACGUGUUCUCUUUUGUCGGACUGUUUGGACGCCAUUGGGAACAGUACGUGCAGUGAGGGGGCGUGCAUGUGUUCUGGCGGUUACUACUCUGAGAGGGAUGGAUCUAUGUGUCUCCUAAGGACUAUUGGUCAAGGUGAAUGUGCCACCAUUGAUGACUGCACCUCUGCCGUGUUAAACAGCACCUGCGUCCUAAACGUAUGUCAGUGCAUUAGUGGAUAUCAAGCCAGCUUGUACGGAGACACGUGUUCCCGGCGUAAAGUGGGUGACGGACAGUGUAUGAACGACACCGACUGUACGGACUCUAUCAUAGACAGCACCUGUGCUAACGGCACAUGCAUGUGUAAACCGGGAUACCACCCAGAAGACAAUUUGCUGGAGUGUACCCGAAGGCGCAUAGGGGACCCCACAUGUUCUGACAAUUCAGAUUGCUACAAUGCUGUACCCUCGAGUAGCUGCUUCUCGGGGACCUGUCUCUGUGACUACGGUUUUUACGAUGCUGACAAUGGGACAGUUUGUGUUUCUCGGUUUAUAGGGAACUUAUGUGAUGAGGAGAUCGACUGCGUGUCUGUUAUAGACAACAGUAAUUGCACGCACGGGCUCUGCACCUGUAUAUCAGGAUUUGCCGAGACCGAUGACUUCUCUCAGUGUAUCAAGAGACGAAUCGGUGAUGAGAAUUGUGUGAUAGAUGCCGACUGCUAUGACGCCGUCAACAACUCGUUGUGUCAAAAUUACACAUGUCUUUGCGAAUCUGGCUUUAAGGCCACUGGAAAUCUGACCAUGUGUGAAUUGCGCCUGGUCACUGAUCACUGCACCUUUGACCAUGACUGUAGUGAUGCUGUGAUGAAUAGCAACUGCAGCGAUGGUAGAUGUGCCUGUAACCCCGGGUAUAAAGUGACCUUCAACUACACCUCGUGUGCACUACGUGUUAUAGGGGACGCAUGUGUGCACGACUCAGACUGUAACAAUGCAGUGACCUUCAGCAACUGCACCGAGUCCCUUUGUGCCUGUGAUUCCGGCUACAAAAUUACUAACAACAACACCAUGUGCGAGUUGCGAAAACUUGACGACACUUGUAGUUUAGACUCUGACUGCUACGACUCCAUGUUGAACAGUAACUGCACUUCCGGUAUGUGUUCGUGUGAUUCUGGAUACAUGGCGAAUCCAGCCGAAGAUGGCUGCGACAGGCGGAUAAUCUCCGAUGUGUGUAGCCUGGACACUGACUGCAUCGAUGCUGUAGAGAACAGCAACUGUACAUCCGGGCUCUGUCACUGUAACUCGGGGUACGCGGUGAAGGAUGACAAUACGACAUGCAGGUUACGUAGGAUCGGAUUGGAUCAGUGUAUAUUGGACAGCGACUGUUCGGACGCGGUAGAUAACAGUAACUGUUCCUCGGGAAUAUGCCAGUGCGACUCGGGUUUUAACUCGGAGUUCAACGCCACACAGUGUAUCCUGAGAAGAAUUGGGGACCCUACAUGUUCCAUUGACAGUGACUGCUAUGACGCUGUUAAUAACAGCAACUGUACCCAAGGAACCUGCUGGUGUGACUCCGGCUUUCAAGCUGUGGACAGUGGAAGGGAUUGUCAACUUCGUAGAAUCGGUGUGUCUUCCUGCAGCUCGGAUUCUGACUGUCGAGAUGCUGUGAACUACAGCCACUGCAUGAAUGGGACCUGUGCGUGUUUGUCAGGAUUCAUUGUUCAAGACAGAAAUUUGUCUUGUCGGCUCCGUGUUCUUCAAGAUGCAUGUGACGUAGAUAGUGAUUGCGGUGAUUCCAUGAAUAAUAGCGUGUGCAUGGAAAACCUCUGCGCAUGUGCACUGGGAUAUUUUGGGGACCUAAAUGACACAAUCUGCACGAGACGAACUGUAGGCUAUGGGGCAUGCGUAGACGCCAUUGGCUGUAGUUCUGUAAUAGCUAACAGCCAAUGUAGUAAUCAAACAUGUUUAUGUUUACCUGGUUAUAAACCAAAUAUCCCAGGUGAUAGUUGUUCACGAAUUGCGAUUGGAGAUGAAAUUUGUGACAUCAGUGAUGACUGUCUGACAUCAAUUGCUAACAGUUAUUGCUUUAAUGGUACAUGUCUAUGCAUCGAUGGUUUCCUGGAAAGUGAUGAUUUAUUAUUCUGUACAAAAAGGCGUCUAGGAGAUCCUUGUUUAAUGCAAUCAGAUUGCACUGCUGUUAUCACUGACAGUGUGUGCAGCGCCAAGGAAUGUCAGUGCCAGGCAGGGUUUUAUGGGGAUAGAAAUGGGACGAUAUGUGUAAAACACACAGUGGGAAGUUUCUGCUAUGAUUCCAUUGACUGCCAGGAGGCAAUAAACAAUAGCAACUGUACUUCCGGUCUCUGCGCUUGUGUUUCCGGUUUCCAGCCAAUGGAGAACUUGACAACGUGUUCAAUGCGAAUCAUUGGUGAUGAGUGCACCGUGAACACUGAUUGCAGUGAUGCGAUUCCCUCCAGCAAUUGCUCAAUGGAUACCUGUUUUUGCAACGAUGGGUACGAAGAGUUUGAAAACGGAACAAUAUGUAUUCCAAUUCCCAGAUUUGUAGAUGACCCAUGUUUUUACCCCAGCCAAUGUGACGCUAUCAACUCGACCAGUUUCUGUAACCCUACCACAGCCAGAUGUGACUGUCCUCUUGGUUACUUUACAUUCCAUGAUCGGACAAGAUGCGAGAUCUUUCCGCAGGCGUUAGGAGAGUUUUGUGGAUCAGACGAUCAGUGCUUAUCGGUCGUGAGGGACAGCUUCUGCAGCUGGAGCUUCCGGUGUGGUUGCCAGUGGAUGUUUUAUGCGGAAUCCACCGGACGUCUUUGUAUCCCAUAUCCACAGACUGUAGGCGACCCCUGUUCUACACAACAUCAGUGCUUCCUCAUUCCAAACAGUCAGUGUUACCGUGGCAACUGCACGUGCCUCUACGGUUACAGAGAAAACAUCGACAGCUCUACAUGUGUAGAAAGAUCUCACUUAUCCCCAUACAUUCCACCCAAGGUCCACAGACCGCCCACAUGUGACCCUGUGUUCGAUAUCGGGUGUACGAACCACUACGCCAACACCUCGUGUGUACGAAAUGGCACCGACAUUGGCACGUGUCAAUGCAUUCCAGGAUACUCUUAUAAUGUGUCAAAGAAAGGAAACGACUGCUUUGCGGCGAAGGCGUAUGUUGUCAGUUUUAACUUGUCGGCCAUAGCCGGCAUUUACGAGUACCUAGGCCGUGAGGACAUACCUCUGGUGGAGAAUCCCACAGACUACGGCUACUGGCAACUCCUCGACAGACUGGCAGUGGCAGGAUUGGGGCAUACUUACCUGAACUCCAGUCUGGCACACCUGUACCUCUAUUGUCGUGUUAUAGACUUCAGCUGGGUGGAAGCGGGUCUACAAGUCUCGGCGGUAGUCUACAUCACGCCACAGUGGGACUACGAUCACAGACAUCUACGCACAGAGCUGUUACGUCACUUAAACAGGACGGACAACGAGCUAGGGACGUCUCGAUUGAAGGUAGCCACGCCCACUGAUCACCACGUGGGUUCUGACGAUUUAGACGAAUGUUCGACCUCCGGUUUCCACGACUGUCACGCCCGAGCCUGGUGCAUUAACAUCCCUGGGUCAUUCCUCUGUGUCUGUCAUCUGGAUGCUGAUGACGUAUCAACCAAUAGAUGGAACCGUUCCGGGCGAGAGUGUGUUGAUAAACGGCCUAUUGCGAUUCACUCAUUUUCUGGAUGCUCAAGUGAAGACUGUAGUACCCAGUGGGAGUAUGUAGGCUUGACAUGCGCACUUCUGGCUUUAUUGCUCAUGUCAACCAUUUUCUUUGAAGUCUGUUGGAAGAGGGAAGAAUCCUUCGAAAUUAGCAGAGAAAUGUACCUGAGCUUCAGUCGAAGUACGACGCCGUCAAGUUCCGGUCCAGGUAUGGACGGUCAUGCAUCCAAAUGCAGUGACAAACCUUCCCCGGCUGCACACAAUAGUGUCACGCAGGAACCUGGCACCGGAUCACGGGACAAUGAAAUGAGUCAGGGGACUGAUCAUGAUGGCCUUGUUAUAAAGGACACGUCUAUAUUCAACAUGGCGGAUGGUAACGAAGGGCACGACAACAGUGCUGUAGUGAACGAUGAUUAGAGUUAGGUGGGGAUGGGCAUGAGCGUUUGGUUUUUGUUGUAAGAUCUAAAGGGUUGUAAGGGUUAGCUUACUUACUAAACGAGUUGAAAAUAUCAAAUAUCAGACCUCGAGAAAUAGUUGGAUUAUGGAAAGGAAAUACAUAUUGGACAGCAAUGUGUACAGUUUGAAGUGUUGUAAGCUGAGCAGAGGCUCUCCCAGGUUGGCCUGUGUUAGUAGAUGGCUUGCGGAGACAAACGGACUGAAUGCAUAAGAGUGGAAAACAUGAAUAUGGUCUACGUAACAUGCAGAUAUAUGUAAGCUUUGAGAUAUUUUUAAAGAAAAUAUACAUUGUGUCAGUAUGUGUAUCGGCUUGAUAUCAUGUACAUGCUUAGGGCUCUUAGGACCCUAUCAGCCCUCGCUCCCCAUUCUAUACCCCCACCCUUACAUCCUCUCACUUCAGAACCCAACCAGGAGAGCCCGACGCUUCGUGUUGGUCUAACUCGGUGUUGGUCAACUUUACCUCUAUUUUGUGGACUUUUGCGAUUGAAAACACACACGGCUCUUAAGCAUGGUAAGCAUGCUGUGUUUGCCUCUCUAGAUGAAGGGACCACCAUAACUGUAUGCCCGAGAAGCAGCCAAGGCGGGCCACAGGGCAAAUUUUGUCCUGUGGACAGAGAUUGCUAUGUUUGUUCAGCUGCCGGUGAUUGCUCAUUAACUAAAAUGUUCACCUAUUAUUAUUCGUCGUUACAUUGUACUAAUAAAAAAAAAUCUAAGAACAAAUAUUGCAAGACAAAGCGAUGGAUUUGAACACGUACACCAAUAAGUUAAAUAUAAUUUUUGUAAACGAAGUCUUUGCAUUUCUCUAAUGAGAUAUUGCAUUAUCCACAUGGUGUCAAGGUUGGUAAUUAACGAUAGUUAAAUUAACUUUAUGACGAAUGUUCAUUAAUGAAUGCGUGAAGACAGCAUGAUAGAUGAUUUUAUG